AAGCUCUAGAAAAGACCAAGCCAGGGGAGCUUCUCUUUGGCGCCAACGUCUCUGAGUGCGUACGGGACGCAAAAUCUAUACAGACUGCAGGGAAGGAGCUAAAAGCGAGUACCGGGACAAGAUUUUCAACAGCCAGAGGGGGACGGAGCGAAAGUUUUCGAAGACGGGAUUCAAGAGCCUUCGCUACUGAAAGAGAUGGCCGUCCUUUAAACCGCUUCGGCCCGACCCGUCACAGAGGUGUGACGAGGUCAUCCCGAGGGCACAAACCCCAUCUAAAGAGUUACAAACGCUAAUUCAGCAAGCAACCCCACCCUUUGGCGAACAACCUUUCUCUACUGGCGGCCAGGUUAUCAGGGAAGCGUUUACACGAAAGGAGCUGCCAAAAAAUGUAGUAGAAACAAUUUUGCACUCCUUAUCGGAAGCAACCAUCCAACAAUAUGGAGGGACGUUCAAGCUCUGGUGGCCCUACUGCGCCAAAAAAGGCAUCUCUCCCUUUGACGGCACACCUGCACAUGUGAUGGAAUUCCUGCAGUAUCUCUACGAUACAGGCAAUCAGAGCUAUGGAACUUUCAACUCGCAUCGUUCGGCCCUAUCUCUAAUCUUGUCCACCGAUUUAGCUGGCCACCCAGUUGUUAGUCGUUUCCUGAAGGGAAUAUCGAAGCUGCGACCGCAAAAACCUCGAUACGAUGUGGUUUGGGACCCUCACAUAGUGUUAAGUUUCCUGGAAAAACGUUCUACGCCCACCUUGCAAGCGCUCUCCGAGAAGCUAGUCACACUUCUGGCUCUUUCAACGGCUCACCGAAUGCAGACGUUUUCCCUAAUUCGGCUACCCAACAUCAUUGAGUCAAGGACUGGGUUUCAAAUAUUAAUAGAAGACAAAAUUAAAACUUCUGGCCCGGGAAGAAAUCAACCCUGUCUACAACUUCCAUAUUUCACUGAGACUCCUAAUCUUUGCGUAGCCACAACAUUAAAGGAGUACUUGGCAGCGACUAAACAACUACGCACGUCAAACACUGAUUUCCUCUUUAUUACAUACAAGAAACCUCAUCGGAUAGCGAGUAAGCAGACACUAAGUAGGUGGGUGAAGGACACGUUGGAACAGGCUGGUGUGAAUACCAAAAUCUUCAAAGCACCCUCUACCCGCCAUGCUGCAACAUCGAAAGCCUUCCAAUUAGGAGUGCCAGUGGAGACUAUUCGUCAAACGGCAGGAUGGACGGCGAAGUCCAAAACUUUUUGUAAUUUCUACAAAAGACCGUUUUCGGAAGCCAACCUGUUUGCUAAUACUGUACUUAGUUCUAGCUAGGUCAACGUAGUUCUAAAAUUAUUAAACCAGUUCAGUUCGGAAA